AUGAAGAAGCCUUCGUUGAUGAAGAAAGUGCAAGCGGAGAUAAGGCAGUUGGCCGGAAAGAAAGAGAUGAUCGACGAAGAAGACAUAGAGAAACUCCCAUAUUUGAGGGCAGUUGUGAAGGAAACUAUGAGAUUGUUUCCACCUGGUCCACUUUUACUCCCAAGAGAGACUACCAAGAAAUGCAGUAUAAAUGGCUAUGAGAUUGAAGGUGGAAGUAUGGUGUUUAUCAAUGCUUGGGCUAUUGCAAGAGACCCCGCCACGUGGGAAAAUGCAGAUGAGUUCUUGCCGGAGAGAUUCUUGUCGGCUGAUCACAUCGACGUGAGAGGUCAGAAUCCGGAGCUGAUUCCGUUUGGAUUCGGCCGGAGAGGCUGCCUGUUGGGAAAUAUACACAAAUAA